AUGCAGCGUGGAACGCCAAAUGGGGGCGGAUUCCAGCCAAGCAGACAAAGUUUCGAAGUUCGCCCUGGCACUGGCAUUCGAAGGCCCGCGUCUUGGAAUCUGCCAAAUCCGCCAGGAGAGAAAUUUGUUCGGGGUGGUUUUGCUGAUGCACCAAUGUCAUCUUCCCGUCUCACUUCUUCUUUAUUGAAUCACGGGUUUCUCCCUACCAGUGGCUCAUGGGGGACUGCGGACAGAAAUCGACAAAACACACCGAACGAGCGGGCAUCUGAAUCAUGGAGAACUCCCAGCAGGCCUCCUGGUCCAGGCGGGAGCAGUAGCGUCACGACGUUCGAUAGUUGGGCACAACGCCAGGAACCGAUAUCUAGACCGAGCGGUGGAAUUUAUACAAAUGUGAUGAAG